CCGCAGCCCUGCUCCGAGCGCGGUGUCCCGGGGGAGCGGGACGCUCCCGGAUCCCGGGCCGGGGCUGCCAUUGGCUCCGGCGGGGAGCGCUGACCGCCAGCAGCCUCCGAACCAUUUCCUGUUGCUGCGGCGUUAACGCGGAGCAGACCCCGCUCCCUCUUCCCUCUCCGCAGCGCGCUCCGAUGCCGAGCAAGCGCCAUCCCCUGAGACGCUGAGAGCCCCGACACAGGAUGGAGAGCCGCCGGCGGGACAUGGAGCUGCUGAGCAACAGCAUGGCCGCGUACGCACACAUCCGAGCCAACCCGGAGAGCUUCGGGCUCUACUUCGUGCUGGGUGUCUGCUUCGGGCUGCUGCUCACCCUGUGCCUGCUGGUGCUGCGCCUGUCCUGCGGGCCCCCCCCGCGCCGCCCCAAGCACCUCAGCGAUGAGGACGAGGAUGAAGAUGAAGACGACGAGGAUGAUGAUGAUGAGGAGGAGGAGGACACCGUUGACCGCGCAGCAUCCGAGUCGCUGCUGCCGGUGACCGAGAUCCCUCUGGAGCCCCACGGCCCCGGGGACGGGGCUGCGGCCGUCAACGUGUUCACCUCCGCGGAGGAGCUGGAGCAGGCGCAGCGGCUGGAGGAGCGGGAGCGCAUCAUCCGCGAGAUCUGGCGCAACGGGCAGCCCGACCUCCUGGGCACCGGCACCCUGGGCCGCGUCCACUACUACUGACCCCGGGAGUCACCCAGGAGGGCGAGG